AUGUCAUUGGAUUUGAACAAAUUGGUCCAUUACCAAAGCGUGUACUAUCUUCUGCUUGCGGCCGGAGGUGAGAUCUUCAACCAGUGCGUGUCCGAUGACGAGGCCUUCAGUGAAGAGGACGUGAGGAAGCUUAUGAGGCAAAUCCUAGAGGGAGUCACCUUCCUACACCGGAACGACAUAGUCCACCUUGACCUAAAGCCCCAGAACAUUCUGCUGACCAGAAGCUCUCCUCUGGGUGACGUCAAGAUCGUGGACUUUGGUCUGUCCAGGAUGGUCUGCAGCCACCAGGAGCUCAGAGAGAUCAUGGGAACCCCGGAGUAUGUUGCUCCUGAGAUUCUGAAUUACGAGCCAAUAAGCACGGCAACGGACAUGUGGAGUAUUGGGGUUCUGGCAUAUGUGAUGCUCACAGGAGUCUCUCCAUUCUUGGGCGAGGACAAGCAGGAGACGUUCCUUAACAUUUCCCAGCUUAACAUCAGCUAUGCCGAGGACGAGCUGCGGCAUCUGGACCAGGCCGCCCUGUCCUUCAUGCAGAUGCUGCUCCGCAAGAAGCCACAGGAUCGAGCCACAGCCGAGCAGUGUCUCCAGCAUCCUUGGCUUCAGCCUUUAAAACCACCGAAGGACCAAGAAGUGUCCUGCAGCGCCAUCGUGCAUGACCCAGUCGGCAACGUGAACGCAGCACAGCAGCAGCAGCAGCAGGAGGAGGAGGAAUUAAAGGAGGAACAGCCUGUGACAGAGGAGCUGAUAGUGGUGGCGGCCUACACUUUGGGUCAGUGCCGCCAGACUUCCAGCUCAGACAUGGAGGUUCGGGCCACUGAGCAGAAGGCCGUUUCCAAGCGCUUCAAGUUUGAGGAGCCGUUUGCCGCCGUCCUGCAGGAGGUUCCUGGAGAGUUCAUCUACUAACUUCUUACCAGACAUUCAACAACAAUCAUCUGCUCUUUGUGGAAAAGCCUAAUAACUGGCCAGAUGUUGGACAUCUGAAAUCUGCACACCUUGCGGCCCAGGAAGAACCUUGAAAGGACCUUGUGAUGUGUCUGUCCGAGCUUACCAAGACAACUGCUUUUACCAACAGCUGGUCAGUGGGAUAAAAUCUUUUUAAAAAGAUUUUAGCAAAUUGCAAAACUGCUCCAAAAACUCUCUCUCUCUCUCUUGUUUCGUCUGUGUGUUCUCCUCACAUUAAGCCCUGACAUUUUCAUUGUUCUACCCUGGAGAAAUAUUUAUACUGUAUAUAUAUAUAUUUGUCCAUGUAAAUAGUAACAACUCUCGAGAAAAUUAAAUUAUUAGAAAAGUAUGUAAAAAAAAAAAAAGUCUAGUUAGUGUACUGAGCGUUUAGUUGUUUUUUAAAAAAACACCAAUUUUUUUUUUUUGUUUUGUUUUUUUGUUUACAUCAAACCUACCUGGUUAUAGAUUGCACCAAAACAAAUGUGUAAAACGGUAGAGUCUUGUGUGUUUCCUGUUCGUCGGAAUUUUGGAACAGACCUCCACGGAACUGUUCUGACCAUCUUCUGUCUGUAACUGAACCCGUAAACCAGCGUAUAAAUGUGUGUAAACUUUACGUAAUAAAAGGUCAAGAAAACUUGAGUAACUCUGCAAAGCCCUAUAAAGUAUUUUCAAAUGUGCACUCACUGGCAAAAAGCUUUUAAGGCGCCGUUAUGAUGAAGUAUGUUGAAAGCAUCAACAGUAGUAGUUCUGCACUGUAGUAGUAAACUUGCUAAAUCGCUACUUCUUUACUACUUAAGUAUUCACUUACAUUAUUUUGACUGUUGCCGCUCCUUUAGCUAAUGUUUAAAAAUGUUAAGUAGGAAAACAGUUUUCACAGCCAUAUAUUUAAAGGUUUAACUCAACAACAGGUUCUCGAUGUACGUCAGAGUUCCGUUCUUUUGGCGCAGCGUAACUCGACGUUUGCCAUAAGUCAGUACUCCCAUUAUGUACAUAAGUACCUAUGUCACCCACCUAAUGCUAGGCUAACACGGUGGUAACAUCAUCAUCUAGGAGAGUGGUUCUCAAACUUUCCCAUAAUUCCGUACUGCCUAAUCUCAAUACAUAAUCUCAC